AUGGCCCAGCCGCGCUGCCGCUCCGUGCUCAUCACCGGCUGCAGCCGGGGCAUUGGGCUGGGGCUGGUGCGGGGGCUCGCAGCCUCCAGCCCCUCCCCGGAUUUCGUCUUUGCGACCUGCCGGUACCCCGAAAAGGCGCAGGAGCUCCAGCAGCUGAGCAAGCAGUACAGCAAUAUCAAGCUCCUCCAACUGGAUGUGGUCUGUGAGAACAGCAUCAAGAAAGUAGUCAAGGAGGUAGAAGAAAUUGUGGGAGACAAAGGUCUGAACUGCCUGAUUAACAAUGCUGGCAUCAACGUGCUGGCUUCCUUGGAGGAGGUGACAGCAGAGACCAUGCUCACCAUCUAUGAAACCAACACAGUUGCCCAGCUGAUGGUCACCAAGGCAUUCCUCCCGCUCCUGAGGAAGGCAGCCAAGCUGAGCACAGGAAUGGGCUGCCACCGAGCUGCUAUUAUCAACAUGUCCUCUCUUGCUGCCUCCAUGCAGCUUGUCCAGGCAAAUGAGAUGUUCCUCAAGGUCUAUCCCUACAGGAUAGCAAAGACUGCCCUGAACAUGAUCACCAGGUGUCUGGCUGCAGACUUGAAAUCGGAUGGGAUUCUCUGCAUUUCUUUGCAUCCAGGCUGGCUUCAGACAGAUAUGGGGGGAAACAUGGCUCCCAUGCAGGUGCAGGAGGCCAUCCCAGGUAUUCUCUCUGUCCUGGACCGUCUUGGUGAGAAAGAAAAUGGUUCCUUCCUGGACUGGCAAGGGGAAACUCUCCCAUGGUAGAGCAGCACAGCAGUCACUGUGUAACUUGUGCCACUGAUGUCUGUGUCUCUAGGGUUUCCUUACUCACUAGCUGAAACAGCCAGUCUGAGAGGCAGCCCCUCUCUGGCUGUCCCUGGAGGCGAGGUGGCUGACUCUGUCACUUGGUAUUGCUACUGCUCUGCUCUAAUGCUUCCUGCAAACACUACUGUGCUCUUAGUGAUGGGUAUCUCCUGGAGCCUUCUAAGGUAGAUUUCAAACCAGGGGCUGGUUCCUCUCCACUUAAAAAAACAAAGCAAACCUCUUGCUCUUUGCAGAACAAAAAUGACCUGACCUCAGGGUAAGGCCAAUGUAAGCUGUCAGACCCCAGGGUCUCUGGGCAACGUCCUUCAGUCCCAACUGAAGCCUGGCUGAACCUGUCCAGCUCUAAACUACACAAAUUUGGUACUUUUGUCAAUUCCUCAGCAAACUCUGACUAUCUCCAGCUUGACAGCACACACCAGGCACUCACUUUGUUCCCAGUGGGUGACUAACAUCCUGAUG